AUGCUGCCGUCCAAGCCGGUCGACCAUGUCGCUAUAUCCUCAGACUCCUCAGACGGUGGUUCCCCCAACGGGAACCAUCGGCUGAGGUUCGAGACCCAGGCCACGGCCGACACUGCCUCUGAUGCGUCUCGAAUGGUGGCUAUAUCCUCGGACUCCUCAGAAGAUGGUUCUCCCAGUGAGAACCCUCCGCCGACGUUCGACGCCCAGGCCGCGGCCGACCCUGCCUCUGAUGCCUCUGGAAUGGUGGCUAUAUCCUCAGACUCCUCAGACGAUGGUUCCUCCGGCUGUUGUACGCUGGCUUCUCCUUCUGCUCCUCGUGAUGUUCCUGUGGUCCCAUGCGCACUUCUGUCUCCAGGGGAUUGGGGGGACAUCUGGAACAUGGAACAGUCGGAGCAUCGCUACACCCUCGACGUGCGUUUUGGUACAAGGCCUCCGCUGCCUUCCCUGGAUGCCUCGCCGCUGGAAGUCUUGGCCAGUGUGGUAUGUUCUAGAGGUUGGUGUGACCUCUCCCAUUUGGCCUUUCUGGGUAACCAUCUGCCGGAUCAGCGAUCGGCCAAACGCCGCCGCCACACCUCCUGCUCUGGCAUGGAGGAUGGUCAGCAGCGUGUCUUUUCAGUGGGAGCGUAUUCCAUAGGCGGAUUCUGCGGGAUUCAGGUGAACAGCAGAACAUUCCCAUGGACGACGAGGUGGUUAUGCUCUCUCAUCAACGGCGCGAAUCCGCGCCAUCACUUCAGUUCUUGCACUGUCAUGAAGGACGUGCUGCAUUUCCUUCAUCGUGACAGGGGAAACGAUGCUCGCUCUGUCAACCUUUUGAUGCCACUUAGCAAGUGGCGUGGCGGCCAGCUUUGGACUGCGGACGACACUGGCUCGGUCCACUUGGACAACCAAUCCGGACCAGGACGCAUGAUGACGAUUCGCCUACCCUACAUCACCAUGGAGCCGCGCACUCCGCAUGACCUAUGGGCAUCAGCAAGAAACGUGUGCUUCAAGCAGGAUGCAGCCCUGGCCAUCUCGAGCCUCGAUGAGCAGUGCAAAGACAUUGCUUGUCGGAUCAUGGAAAAUGCGCCUGAUGCCUUCAAGCAGCAGCUNNCAAAGACGAAACUGGCAUCAAGAAAGCAGCUGGAGGAACACUUGUGGUUGUUGAGACCGCUGGUGGAUGGCAGCCCGGUGCUGCCAUACGCGACAGAGGCAUUGAUCCGAAUCUGGGAGGUUGCCGUCCAACAGAUUACGGCUAACCUGGAUAAAGAUGUGAUCUUCUUGCACGUUGUGGAGAUCAAGAUGAUGCUGCAAUCUUUGCGGAAGCUCCGCCGAAGCUGGCGCUACUUGGCCAAGCUGCAUGGUGAAAAGGAUGGCGAUUGGCCUUCGGUUUCGAGUCGGCAGCCCGGGCGUUAUCCUCGGCUCCUUGAGAUCAUGGACAUCAUGCAAGAUCACGAUAUGGAAGAGGAUGUCGACGUGGCGUCCAUGUGGGGUUUGGAGGUGCCAAAGGCAGAUGAGCUCACAGCUCGCAUUGCCGCCGAGUGGAAGCUCGAGGAUCUUCUAUCUGAGGCCAGGUGUUCCCAGGUCAGUGCCCGCAUUGCAUAUGUUGAAGAGCCCGACUAUCUGGAGGAUGCUGCAGAAGUCGAUGCCCCGUCGGUCGACCUGGAACUGCAGGCCAAGAAUGCCGAGGGCAAACGAACAAAGAAAAAGAAGGCAGCUGGGAGCGGUGCGACAUGGACGCCCUAUUGCGUGAAGCCGGUGAAGAGGAAGCCUUGCAAUCUCUGGGUGGUUUGGGACAGGAUGCAGGACAAGCAGUGUGUGCAGAUCCGCCAAGAUGCCACGCCCGACGUCGAGACUUUGGUGAGGUCGUGGGUGGAUGAGCUCAACGGCGGCAAGCUGGAAGUCAAGGUUCUGGUCGAAGCCACAAUGUACGCCUGCCUUUUCCGUGCUCGCCGUCCAUCUGCGAAGGAGCUUCUCGACCCUCUGCAUUGCAUUGAGUUCUUUGCUGGUGAAAAUGGAAGUGCCAAGAUCGCAAAGUGCUUCAAACAUCUGGGCUGCCUAGUGCAGGCUUUCGACCUCAGUUCCGAGACUCAUAACCUGGACUCCGCCGAGGGUUUCCUGGCGGGUCUGUUCAGUGUUCUGAGACUGCGACCAGGAUCGUUCGUGCACUUCGGGACGGUCUGUACUUCCUUCACAUGGAUAAACUCCGGCACCCACGGUCGACGGCUCUGGCAACCUCUUGGCAACGAGCAUCUGGAAUACGUCGCCCUGGGAAGCCGGCUUCUGCAAAGAACCGUUCUGCUGGCCUUGCUGGCUUGGCACAUGGGAGCCGUCUUCUCCAUCGAAAAUCCGCUCGGCUCUUUGAUGGCGGAACAUCCAGGAUUCCAAACCAUGCUGCAAUACUUGAAUCAGAAAUCAGGAGGUCUUUGGAGGGGAAGUGUUCCACUCGGACACUUCGGCGCUGCAAGCCUCAAGCGGGUUUGGAUAUACAGCUGCUGCUAUGGUUUGGUGGAACACUUGAUGAACAUAACUGUGUGUGAUGACAACAAAAAGAAGGAGUCCGCCAAUGAGCCCGUCACGAUACAGAACAAGGAGACCGGCAAAGUUUCCGUCCAAGGCGGUCCGGGACUGAAAGCUACACAAUGCUAUCCCACGAGGUUUGCCAAAGCCAUCGCCCACUGGUGGUCUCGGAAUCACCGAGACGAGCUCCUUGAUAAGGCUCUUCACGGCCUGUCGGUCGGCUCCGGAAGCCAGCUGAGCUGCAUGGCACCGCCGGUGGACCAAGAUGAUCUGGAAACGCAGCUGGAGUCGAUGAUCGACGAGCUCGAUGCUCCGGAUGAUGUCGACUCCAACAACAAACGCAAGGCCGGCGAGGCCUUCGCUGCGACCGCCAGCCGUGCCGCUGAUGGCGCGAAGGCCAUAUAUGUUAUCUAUAGUAAUAGAUCUAGUAACGAAUAA